AUGCACAACCACUCUACACCGACCGGAGGAUCGGCUGGCAUAAUUGCACCGGAACAAGGGAAUUCUGGCGACAACAGCCCGUUGACCUUUGCGAACGGUGGAAACAUAGGAGGCAUAAUCGGGGGUGUCUUUGGCGGCGUAGCUGGAUUGGCCUUGAUUAGCGUAUUGCUCUUCGUCUGCUUGCGAAAACGGAAGUCGCGGCCCGUGCGAUGGAACGAGAAGCAAGAGUCAGGCCCGAGUUUCCUGGCCAGGUUGAAGACGAUACCCAGCGGGGUGGGCGCAUUCGUUGCCAGGAUUAAAGGAAGCCAAUCCGGCCCGAUCAGCAAUGCCUACCAACGCCACGCUGCGCAAGCCAGCGUUGGUUCAGUGUAUUCAAGGGAUUCCAAUGGCAGAGGUCGAUCUACCAGCGAGCCGCAAGGAUUUUUCGGUGUCAAGCGCGCAGGCUCCAGCAACAGCAUGUCAAGCAAGAAGAGCGAGAGGAAUUUGCUCCGGAAGAAGCCAAGCAGCAUUUCAUCAAACUACCGAUUUCCAGGGAUUGUCGAAGAUACAGGUUCGCCAAAUCCUUUCGCUGAUCCGAAAAGUACGCUGUUGGUACUCAACCCGGAUCCUCGAAGCGCGCCUGUCACACCGCAGGUCCCUGUUGCUGCUGCCGACACGGAACCCAGAGAUCCUUUCGCAUCUAUCCAGGAUCCACCUGGAGCUGCACCAGCUUGGGCUCAAGUACCGACUCACCACCAUACACGUACUAUAAGUUCAGUAUCGGCCCUGAGCUCACAUCCCGUGUCCUCAUUUUAUACGGCCGACAACCCGUUCCGAGAUCCACCUUAUGCACCGCCUGCUCCCAGCCAGGCUGUUCUCCCAAGCCAUACCCGCCGUUCGUCCAUGGCAUUACCAAGCUUCAACGCGUUGUCGACCGUGGAUGCAACCUCCACGUUCGCCUCUCGCGACUCUGACAUGUUCUUCGGAGAACCAGGACCGAGCAGGCCCGCCACAAACUUCUUCACCCCAAUGCCAACUGGCCGUACAGUCCGACAAUCGGAUCCUUUCGACCUCGACCGACCUGAAGUUCUUGGCUUUACGAGCGUCUUCAACAUCAACAGGAAAGAAGUUGCCGGAAACAUCACGCGACAACCUACACGAAGUAAACGAACAAGUAGCGUCGGCAAUUGGGGUAACGCGGCGCCAGACGCCAAUAACUAUGGCUUGUUCCCGAGAGACAGCACAAAGCCGCCACCACCAUGGGGACCGAACGGCAAGAGAUGA